GUCCCACGUCGCUCUCCGUUCGCUCCCAGGCUUCCCUGCGCGUGUACCUCUGUCUGCGCCUGCAGGUAUGGCGUUCCGGUGUCAGCGUGACAGCUAUGCUCGAGAGUACACCACCACCGUGGUCUCCUGCCGUCCCGCGGAGCUGCAGACUGAAGGGAGCAACGGCAGGAAAGUGCUGAGCGGUUUCCACGUGGUGCUGGAAGACACACUGCUUUUCCCUGAGGGCGGGGGACAGCCUGAUGACCGUGGUACAAUCAAUGACAUCUCUGUGCUGAGAGUGACUCGCCGCGGGGAGCAGGCUGAUCAUUUCACACAGACACCCCUGGAUCCAGGAAGCCAGGUUCUGGUCCGGGUAGACUGGGAGCGGAGGUUUGACCACAUGCAGCAGCAUUCAGGGCAGCAUCUCAUCACGGCAGUUGCUGACCAUCUAUUUAAGCUGAAGACAACAUCAUGGGAGUUAGGGAGAUUUCGGAGUGCGAUUGAGCUGGACACCCCCUCUAUGACUACAGAGCAAGUAGCUGCCAUUGAGCAGAGCGUCAAUGAAAAAAUCAGAGAUCGGCUGCCUGUGAAUGUCCGAGAAUUGAGCCUGGAUGAUCCUGAGGUGGAGCAGGUGAGAGGCCGGGGUUUGCCGGAUGAUCAUGCCGGGCCCGUUCGUGUUGUUAGCAUUAAGGGCGUUGAUUCCAACAUGUGCUGUGGGACCCAUGUGAGCAAUCUCAGUGACCUUCAGGUCAUUAAGAUUCUGGGCACUGAGAAGGGGAAAAAGAACAAAACCAACCUGAUAUUUCUGGCUGGGAACCGGGUGCUGAAGUGGAUGGAGAGAAGUCAUGGAACUGAAAAAGCACUGACUGCUCUGCUUAAGUGUGGAGCAGAGGAUCAUGUGGAAGCAGUGAAAAAGCUCCAGAACUCCACCAAGAUCCUGCAGAAGAAUAACCUGAAUCUGCUCAGAGACCUGGCUGUGCACAUUGCCCAUAGCCUCAGGAACAGCCCAGACUGGGGAGGUGUGGUCAUGUUACACAGGAAGGAGGGUGAUUCAGAGUUCAUGAAUAUCAUUGCCAAUGAGAUUGGGUCAGAGGAGACCCUCCUAUUCUUAACCGUGGGCGAUGAGAAAGGUGCUGGACUCUUCUUACUGGCAGGGCCACCUGCGUCUGUGGAGACCCUGGGGCCCAGGGUGGCUGAGGUCCUGGAAGGCAAAGGAGCAGGGAAGAAAGGCCGUUUUCAGGGCAAGGCCACCAAGAUGAGCCGGCGGACAGAAGUGCAGGCACUUCUCCAGGACUACAUCACCACGCAGAGUACUAAGGAGUGAGGGCUUAGGGUACUCACCUCCUGUUUCCACAGGCAUCUUUUGGUCAAUAAAAUAGUUUGACUCAGAA